AGAAAAGAUAAAAAAAAAAUCCGUCAGGAUCACACACGACACGACACAUUUACAACUGCCAUCCACCUCCCUGCCUGAGCGCACUGCUGUUAGCUGCUGCUCACAGCGCCCUGAAACCUUCUUAUCGAUAAACUCGCGAUACGCACGAAAACCUCUUGCUAACACCAGCGGUUGUUAUCAGGCCAUGGCGCCUUCAAAGUGGGAUGAUGAGGAGGAGAGUACUCCCCCCUCCUCUCCCCCGCUUAUUGCAGCUACGACACACAGACGAAAGUUCGAUGACGAGGAGGACAGCGAUGAUGUAGUCGAUGACUGGGAAGCAGCUGAAGACUCUGAAGUCGAGCGUGAAAAGGCCGCCAAAGCCGCUGCAGAGAAAGCAAAAGCCGAAGCCGAAGCGGCUGCCAAGAAGAAAUCAAAAGCCCAACGGAUACAAGAGCGCAAGGAACAGAGACGGCGCGAACAACGAUCCAGCGACGACGACGAUGAAGACGACGACGACGAAGACGACGACGCCGCCGCACGCGCCCGCCUCCGUCGCACAGAGAAGGAUGCAGACCUCGCCCACGCCGAAGACCUCAUCGGCGAUAUCGACCUGAAGCGCACCCGCUCCGCAAUCCCCAGAGCCGCAGUCGUCAUCGGCGACAAAUCGGACCCGACCAAAUCCAUAGACCUCUCCGCCAUGCCCCUAUUCAAGCCGGGAACCAAGACGCAGUUCGCAGAACUGACCGAGGUGCUUAUCCCGCUUUUAACGGCGCAGUCGAAGAAGCCGCAAUAUCCAAUAUGGGCGCAGGAUUUUGCGAAGAAGCUCGUGAAGGAGCUAUCGAGUGGGGACAUUAAGAAGAUUGCGAGUGCGUUGACGGCGGUGAGCAAUGAGAAGCUGAAGGAGGAGAAGGCGGCCGAGAAAGGGGGAAAGAAGAGUAAGGCAGCGAAGACGAAGACGAGCGUGGUUGUUGGGCGGGAUGUUGGAGGCGCGCGCGGGGCGGAUCUUACGGCGUAUGAUGGGGAUGAUUUGGAUGAUGAUGAUUUUAUGUGAUUUUUGAGUUUUCUUAUUUUUUGUCUGUAUUUCUGAGAUGUGGAAAUGAUGAAUUGGUGGAUGGCUUUCAAACUACAUUUACCCUGAGUUGUUAGUUAUUACCCCUUCUCAUCCCCUUUUCCCCUUUUCCCCCUCCGUGCCAUAUACAUUUUUCACACCCCCUUAUCAUCCAUAUCUUUUGCAUGUUUCCUUUUUUCUUUUUAAUUUUAGAAGUGUCAACAAAACCCCCCGCAAUUGUCGCUUGAAAGCCUCAGGGCCUUUUAUUAUUUUAUACCUCAGCUCUAUUACCAGAAAUGUUUUCCUAGCCUUGCUAUACAGCAAUAUCAGCGGUGUUAAUCGCAUUUUCACGGUGCCCCCUGUCUUUUCGGCUUAUCUCUAAUACCUUCUAUCCUAUUCCCAUGAACAGUGUCGUGUUGAGUCUGAUCACAGCAGAGGAAGCGAUUUUCUUCCGUCUUAACUUUGCUAUUUCAUCAAGCUAUGACAUACCUAGAGAAUUAGAAUGCAGACAACUCUCUCAUUGUGGUGCUGUGUGUUUUAAAGGGGAAUUGAGACUUGCGAGAUAGUCUGUCUCUGUCGGAUGAAAGGUUUCAUCAUGGCGCCCCAGGGGAGAGUCGGGGGGGGCUCUUUUGCUCUUUGGCCCUUUCACCAAUCUUUCAAUUUUUGAUAUUUAUUUUUACGUGGAGCGAGAAAAGAGGUUCCAGCAAAAACGCUUUAACCACUCCGCCGCUACGAUUUUCCCAGCGGUCUUUCCGAAUCUCAAACUUGAAACUAUCCAAUAGAACUGGAAGUACGGUUAUGGACAUCCUACGCCUCAUCAAUGGCUCUAUGCAAACCAGGUGUCUGCGGAAUCUGCGCCAUGUCGGCACGUUUCUCCAGACUCGUACCUCAGAGCAUGCCAUAUUGCAAUUUCUCGGAAGCUGCCAUCAACUCUAGUCCAUGGAGACGAUGAGUGUUGAGGAUUUAACUGUCUGGCGACCCUGUGUUGCCGACUACUCGCAGCCACCAGAUGACCCUCGUCAAUGCCUAUAGCUACUGAUUCAAACGUUUCAAAGAUCCACCUCACCCGUUGCAACAUUCCAUUGGAGCUCCUCGUGCCGAUUCUUACGCCGCCAAAAGCUCUAAGAGAGCUUAGGUAUAGCGCUGGGGCUUUGGUCUGCUCCAGUAAAUCCUCGGACUGUAUAGAUCCCGCAAUAAUGGGUUGCCAUCUGCAAGUACACAGGUGCACAUUGCGUAUUCUGGAUAUCGGCCUGGCUCAAUGUGUCCGAUGUUCUACCAACAGUGGCUUGACAGUUGAUGAUACCACUCCAGCGUCGUCAGGGCCUGCAUCUGCCAACCCAAUGGCUAGUCGUGAACCUGCUAUGGAAGGGGUAGAAACUAGGCGCCCUUUUAGAGUUGCCAGUUCUAUCAGAUCAUUGAAUAGAUUCAUAGCUCUGACCAAUCUCAGCAUCGGGGUUAACUCCUUGCUGGGGCCCGAUUCAAACGAAGUGAUGUUUGCAGAUUAUUGGGAAGAAAACUACUCUGAGGCUGAGGAGUAGCGGGAGGGGCAGCCGUGGAAACAUAAUGAUUCACUUAAACCUGCAUCGCCCUCACCAUCGCCCCCGUCGCCGUCAGCAUCCCCAGUAUCGGCCGCCUCACCGGCUCGUCGUCGGUUGGUUGACAGGCUGUUCACCCAACCUAAAAUAUUUAUGUAUUCGCGGAUACGAUCACGGGAAAGUUGGUGGGAGAUGGAUAAGUGCAAUUUCUGAGUUAAUGGAUAGGAAAGCUGAAUGUUUUCCAAGGUGGCCGGUGUUACGGAAUAUAAAUAUACCUAGUCCUGCCCUGUUGAGCGUCUU